CACCUAGUAAUCGUUAGUUCCCAUGUAAACCAAAACUUAUACCACCAUGUCAACAACUACAAACCCUGAUGCUUUAGAGAAACUAGAAGAUGAAAUCAAACAAUUAGAACUCACCCUCCCUUGCAAAUUGUGGCUUGGCACCUAUAACAUGUACUUCUACCAGGGGUUUUGGAGCCUAGUUCUUAAACCCACAAUUUCUUUUCAAUCACAUUUCCAAGCAGAUGACACAGAUAUUAUCCUAGCUAGCCUACCAAAAACAGGCACAACAUGGUCAAAAUCUCUCAUUUUCUCAAUUGUAAAUAGGAAAAAGUUCCCUGAUGUUUCAAACCAUCCUCUUCAAACUCAAAAUCCUCAUGAACUCGUCCUGCAUUUUGAGCACAAACUUUAUAGAGAUUGUAAGGAGGGAUGUGAGCCUGAUUUUACUAAACUAUCCUCGCCUCGCCUCUUUGCCACCCAUGUACCAUAUCCAUCUCUACCAAACUCAAUCAAGACCUCCAAAUGUAAGAUCAUUUAUGUUUGCCGAAAUCCUUUGGACACUUUUAUGUCAAACUGGCAUUUUAUUUUAGAAGUGAGCAAAAAUGAGAGUGUUACACCCAAUAUGUUGGAGGAUCUUUUUGGUAAGUUUUGCAAGGGCGAUUUUCCAUAUUGUCCAUAUGAUGAUCACAUUGUGAGGUAUUGGAAGGAGAGUAUGGAAAACCCAGAUAAGGUGUUGUUUAUGGAAUAUGAAGGGUUAAAGGAGGAUCCGAAUGCGCAAGUGAAACGUUUGGCGGAGUUUUUAGGUUGCCCGUUUUCGGAGGAGGAAGAGAAAGAGAAUGUUAUAGAUGAAAUAAUCAAGCUUUGUAGCCUUGAUAGCUUAAAGGAAAUGGAGAUUAAUAAGAGUGGAAAAUUUUAUCAUUUUGUGGAGAACAAGGCUCUCUUUAGGAAAGGAGAGGUAGGUGAUUGGACUAAUUAUUUGACCCCUUCUAUGCUCAAGGAGCAUUAUCAAGUAUUGCAAGAGAAACUCAAUAAAUCUGGUUUUACUUCUAGACACUAUGUAUCACAAGAGUUCCCAUAAAUGAAGUGUUCCGUAUUAGAAGUAUUUGAAUACAAUGUUACCAUGAAGUGGAAUACUAAAUAUCGCACAAAUAAACCGCCUUCCUUUCUUUUUUUUCUUUUAGUUUUGUACGAUUUUUCAAUGUCAAAAAUAAAAUAAGGAAGGAAUACUGAAUUUCUUAUUUCUUUAGUGCUUUCUUUGGUGGGGUAUUUUUAAUUUGUAUGAUUUUUGAUGUAAACAGGAGCUCAUAACUGAUUUGAGACUCAGUCUCCGUAUUACUUGAAUACAAUGUUACCUUGAAUUAAUGGAAUUGUCAUUUUAUA